UGAACCUUGUCAGUCCACUUUCUCCGUUAAAACAGCAGCCAUCGGUGCUACGACACACACGCAACACAAGAUGACAUCGACUGUGAUUCUCUUUACUGGGCUGCUGUUGGUGAUGAAGCUGACGUCUUGCGUGGCCUAUCCAGCUCGUUAUUACAGUCCGCUAUCGUACCAUUACGAUCCGGACUUUGAUUCGGUGGACUAUUACAACCCGUACUUCGCUCGUCCUGCGCAAUCGAGAUCAUUCGAAGAUGAUUAUUACCAGCAGCCGUAUCAAGUGUCGCAAUGGCCGGGUUUGCUUUAUGACCAAUGGUUCAAGACGCAAGGACAACGCAGCCAGGAAAUUCAAAUGAGGCAUAACGCUGAUUCUAUCGUCAGUCGUCAAGGUGAACCGAUUCCAGGAGCUUACCUCGUUCCAGCUAAAGUCAACGGCGCUUUCGCUGGACCGUUGGCUGUCAUUCCUGCGCAUUACGGAGGCACUGGAGCUGUGACCAACAGCGGCUCACCUGGAGCUCAAUAUCUCGCCAUCAUCGACGGACCCAACUGGCCGUUCAUCGGCCGUCCGAAAGGCAAUCGUGUUGCUAUUAAGAAAUCGCAAGUUUCAGACACUGAUUACGUUCCAAGCACCGACGGUCCUAAUUGGCCGUAUAUCGGGGUGAAUUCUGCAAACGCCGAGAGCCGAUCUUCUAGCCCGAUGGAUUACAAUGAGCAAGAAAUUGAUUAUGAAUCUUACUUUCCUAUCGAUUAUCCGGUGAUGUACGAUCCCAAGGAUAGCUACCUGUAUCGUAACUAUUGAGUUUAUUUCCCGCUAGCCAUUUGGUAUAGUUUAUUGCGUAAGACGUCUUCGGGUGAUAGAAGGAACGCUUCAAGGCUGCUGUGAAAAAUUCGCUUAUCUCGAAAUAUGUUAAUUCGAAAUUGUUUUUAUCUUUUUUUGUGUGUUUUCUCGUGAAUUUGACAUCGCAAAUGCGGGUGAUUUUUGCUUUGUGAGGCCACCUUCGCUUCAUCGUUGGGAGGCUUUGUCAAAUAUGCGAUUCUUUUAUUUAUGGGGUGUUAUCUGUUUCCGGGAUGAUAUACAUUAUUUCUGUUCUCGAAAAAAAUAUAAGUGGCGUGUCACUUUUAUCUAAUUAUUUAUUGACGUUGAAUUGUGGCCAAUAAUACACGUCGAAUCUGAAAGAAA